AUGUCUGUACAAUCUUCUGAUUCAUUACAAUCUCAAGAUAUCUCAAAUACAAGCUUAUCUACUGUAGAUACUUCUCGUCCAAGAAAAAAAAAACGUCAUACUGCUAAAAGUAUAGUUCGACGUAGUUAUGUUCAUUAUUUUUUUAAAGAAGGAACUAUACCAAAGAGCGUUCAAUAUAAAGUCUGUAUAGCGAACUCAGAAGAAGCUCAUGAUUAUAUUUCACAUGACAGUACUACUAACCUGUGCAAUUAUUUAAAAGAACAUGAAAUUUAUGAUUAUAACUAUAAAAAUUUUCUUGAUACAAAUAAUGAA